CUUUUCGUCUGGGUGGUUGUUGUCUGAAGGCGGUCGCAAACUAUUCAAAAGUGUUCAAAAGUAACUGCAAUCUGCACCGAACUGAUCGAACUGGCAAGACUCGGAAAGUCGGAAAGUGUUCAGAGCUGUGCGUGGGAGACUGAGACUGGAAGUUUAAGAGCUACAGAGCGAUUUGCGUCGUUUCGGCCGUAAAAGCGCAGACCACAAGUGGGAUUCGCAGUGCUGGGCGAAGGAAGUGGAAGGAAGGACAAGAAACCAAUUCGUGCUCUCGGCUGUGCUGCCUGCGUCUCUCUUUCGUUGCGAGAGCGGGUGCGUGUGUGUGAGUGCGAGGAGAGAAUCUGCAAGAAAAAGAAAAGCAACGCCAAAAAGCGGCGAAUCGAGAAAUAAAACGCAGUGGCGUGUGAAUCACGAGCAGCUGAAUCAUCCAAACCGAAUCAUCUCACUCGCAUCGAGCGAUACCUCUUCUGUUGGGCGAAACAAAUAUCCUAUUUCAUUGAGGAUGGAGCACCACGAGGACAACGCGCAGUUCGACAACUACUUGCAGAACCGCCUUUCCGAAGGUCUGCAGAUUAGCGGGGGUGCCGAGCAUCAUCUUCAUCUGGCGGACGCCGUCGUGGACGAACUCUCCGCGCCUGGCAUCGCGUCCUCCAAAUCGGAUCCGGACCAAAAGAACAACGACGGGGAAGAGGACGAGGAGUGGAAGUACAUACACGAGGUGCAGCAAAGCGAGAAGCUCCAACAGCAGCAGCAGCUGCAGCAGCUUCCUCUGGCAUCGGAAACCGGCAACGGAUUUGGCCCCGUCGGGCACUCUGAGGAUCUAGUCCUAGGAAACGGAGGUGCCCCUAGUCUGAGUCUGGUCGACGAGGAGGACGUGGGAGUGAUCAAGAACGAUGGUGACUUGUCCACGAACUCCAACACGACCACUUCCACGGACGAGGUAGUGGCCCAAGAUCAGCAACAAACCCAGGAGGCGGAACUGUUGGUAGAGCAGCAUCAACAGCAGCAGUUGCAAACCUCUGAUCUCCAACAGGAGGACGAGGACGAGCCCAGCUCCGUGGCCACUACCUACGGAACCAGCAGUCUCAGCGAGAAUAAUCCCACGCCCUUAGAUCAAGAGGACCUGGCGGCCAAGCCAGUUGUCCGAGAGUUGCUUGCAGGCUUCGACAAUAAGGAGAACUGUGAUUAUGUCGAUGAGCUGGAGGAAAAUCACUCCCAGCUGAAUCCCAAUGCUGUUGCCUUUGUGCCUAACUAUGGCUCCCAGCCAACCUCUCCCCUUCCCGCUGCAGAGGAGCCACUACUCGGCCUGAAUCCCCGCCAACUGCUGCCUGGUGGUCCUUUGGACGAUUUGGUGGCGGAGAGUCCGCGGAAGGGAUCUGCCAGGGAGAAUAUGGAUGCAAUUGCAGUGCCCGAUGAACGGGAGUUCGACAUUGAGGCGGAUAAGCGACCCCACCAACUGGAGCAGGAAUCUGACCUUUUUGGCGAGGGAAAUCUGGAAAUGCAGUUGCUGAACGGUGUAGGGGCUGCUGAGCCCAUUGCUAUAGCGGAUGUUUUGGAUCACGGCCCGGAGACCAGUGUGGAUAUGGAUCUGGAUCAGCUUCCAGCCAGUGACGAUAUCAUGAAACAAUCGAUUUAUGCCGAUCACAAUGCCUCCAUUGAAGACAUCCUGAAUUCCGUGCAACCUCUGCCCACCCAGACGGGUGAAGAGAAGGAACUGCUCCAUGUCGAGGAAAAAGAGCAUGUCUCGCAAUCGCCUUCAACUGAGGAGCUCCAGUUCCAGCAGGAGUUUCAACACGAUCAGCAUCAGCCGUCAUUGUUCAACAACGCUAAGCAGGAUCUAAUGCAGGCUUCCUUUUACCUGGAGCAUUCGUCCCAAGAUCCGCAGAAGGACGAGCCCCAGGAGCAAGAGGAGCUUCCCGCAAAGAGCUCGGAUAUUUUUGGUGACCAGAGUUUGCUGCUGGACACCAGUGCACCGCAGUUUAGCCCAGAGUCAGAUUCACCUGUGGCGAAACUAGAACUGGAGUCCCAGCAUGCUGACAUCGUGGACAUUACACCUUCGCCUCAUUCUUCUACUGAAGAGAAGCAUUUGGUUGAGGACACCAAAGAGCUGGUUGAGGACACCACGGAGCUCGUUGCGGACGCCAAGGAGCUGGUAGAGGAGAGCAGAAUCGAUCAGGAACCCCAUCCCUUUGAGCCUUUUUCAGUCGGAGCUCCUCCCCAGAUGGAGGAGUAUGCUGCCUUUAAUGCAGUUCCUGGCUCUGAAGCUCAAAUGGAUGACGAAAUAUCUGCAGCGAAGCAAGGUAUUAAUCCGUUUGCCCAGCCCUUUACGCCCGCGCACUUGUCGGUGGAGAAAGCGGAGGACGAUCCUUCUCUUCAUCAGCCAGAGACUCUGGCCACCAACUUUCAAGAACUUCAACUGCGGGAGGAACUAGUGGAGGAGCAAUACGUGGGCUUAUCUAGUGUUCCUUCAAAGUUCGAUUUAUGUGAUAAGGUUGCUAAUAACACUACAGAGGAAGUGGAGGACACAAAAGAGGAUCAACACGCUAUUGGAAAUUUUGAUUCCGAAGACAAACAGUUUUCCGCUUCAGAGGAGGAGCUGCUGCCCGCUGUGGCAGACGUCGUUGUCGAGAAAGAAGAACUUGCCUCUGACAAGAAAAUCAUAUCUGAAGAGUUUGCCUCUAUCAAAGAACAGCAUGCUGAUCCCGAGGAGCAACUACUGUCUGCUGCUAUAGGGGAGCCUCUGUCUGCAGCAGGUGAGGAGUUUUUGUCCGAAGCUGCAAAAAAUACGGCUAUUUCUGAAAUUGAAGAAGAUGUGCUCCCGAGUAAUGAGCCUUCAGUGGACCCUGUUCCAGAAACCAAAAACGAAGAUGAAGUUACGGUACCCCUAGCUGAAGUAGCUUCUGUUGCCACUGUUACUGCAGCUGUUGUUGCCGCUGCAACUAAAUCCAAUUCAACGACUAAAACAGGAGCCACUGCUAAACCUAAAUUAGCAGCCUCUGCAGUCAAGACAUCCACAACGAGCUCCUCAUCUGUUGCCGGAGCAAAUAAGUCGGUCGCUGGUCGUCCACGCACCGCUCCCGUUGCAACCAAAACUACAAGUACAGCUUCCAAACUUUCGACUGCAGCUCCACCAACAACAACCACUCGGAAACCACUCAGCAGCAAUGCAUCAGCCUCAGCAAAACCUGUGCCCAAGUUAAGCAGCACACGACCGGCCACUGCUCCUGCGAGCAAGGUGACAUUAGGGGCCAAACCCGCAGCUAAUAAGCCGGCUGCAAGUGGAACUGCUUUGGGAACUGUAUCUGGAAGCGGAACCAGGACUACAGCUCGCCCUUUGACCAGCGCUCCAGCUCGCAAACCAGCCACAGGUGGAACCGGAUCAGGAAUUGGAGUGAGCUCCACUGCUCGCAGACCAGCUGCAAAUGCACCAGGGACUGGAUCGGCUCCUAACAGCGGUGCUACAUCCAAACCACGGCUGGCCGUCACUUCGACAGCCCCAGCCAAGCCGAAGACUUUGUCGCCUCGCGCCACUUCCGGCACCACUACUGUGCGCAAGGUGCCCAGCACAAAUGUCACUUCUCUCUCAGCUCGCAGUCCAACCAAGCCUGCAGUCAAUGGGCAAUUGGGCAAGACAACCAGCUCCAGCUCCACCACAACCACUACAACCACAACGAUCACAAAAACAUUUACCGCUCGCCCCGCUCCGAAGUUUAAUCACUCGGCAAGCUCAUCCAUUAGCAACGCAAGUACCACGCGAAGGCUGGUUUCUAGCAGCUCCUCUGGGACAACCGCGGCUACUCUGAAGAAGACAUCGCCUUCGAAGACAUCGCCAGUCAAAGCAGCCUCCAAGCCGCUGACACCAAAACCCAAAGAAAGCGUUACGAAUAAAGCAUCGCCAGCUGUACUAAAAGCGCGAAAGUCUACACCCCUAAAGGGAGCCACCCCAAUCAGGGCAGCAGGAGUGGCUCCACCUAGUACCACUGCAACAACCAAUGGUAAUGCGGAGGAAGCCAGCAGGCAAAAUGGAAAUGGCCUUCACGACUUUGAGGAGGCACAAUCUGUUCCCGAGCAACCUGCACAAAAUGCGGAGGCGUCCCUUUUGGAUUUUUAAAUUACAUCCCAGUUUCUGGAUCACAGAGCUAAUGCUACUUUACUAAUAUUAUAAACAUAUUACGCAAAAGUAUUUAGCGAGAACAAAAAAUAACGAGUCACGAUCAAAUGAAUGAAAAAACGAAAAACGGCAUCAGCAUACUGAUAACCAAUUUAUAAAUUGCUACUAAUUGGAUUUAGUUAUAUUCGAUUACAUCUUUGAUUUCUUGCUAUAUAUUUCUAUCUAUUAAUAUAUUUUAUUAAAAUGGGCCACGAGCGAAAUAAUUUGUGUGCUACUUUGUGAAGAAAAUGAAGCAAAUGUCACUAAGUGCUCCGUUUUGUUUAAGAUGUAAGAUGUUUUAUUUAUUAAUUGUUCCUCACGCUGUUAUUUUUGCUCGUGUGGUAAAAGAAAAUUGUGUCGAAUUGUGGCAACGCUUCGUAAUAAGCAGCAAAGUGGCGUCGAUAUAAUCAACAGAUAACAAUUGUCAUUUUAAAGAAAAAAUAAAUAAGCAAAAAGUAAAGAAUUUUACUAAAAAAAAUACAAAAUUAAAAUUGUCGUGUAGCAAGAACAAGAAAAAGAAUUAUAAUCCAAGUUUAACUGUAGCUCUUAGUCGGCGUCUUAACACGUAUGUAACGAAAACUUAAAACGAAUCAAAACUAAUCCAACAAAAUACAACGCAAUUUGGGCAGCUGAAGCCGUAGACUGCUAAUCACUAAAACAAUGGAUAGGAAUCUAAAAAAAAAUCCUACCACCAAGUUCUUACAUACUCAAACACAUAAAUUAACUUGGUGUCCACUUUCUGUAUUCGUUUCUUCUUUUUUUGUUAGAAACCACUUAUUACUGAAGUUGGAUCAAAAAGAAAACGUGGUAAUUGAGCAGCACUAAAAACAUGUUCAUCUUUGGUUAUUAACGAGAAAAAACUCUUAUCCAGUGUUAAAUUUUAAAUUGAAGAAACAAAUGUGAAGGAUAUUUAUUUAAAACAUUUUUAAAUGCGUUUGGCUUUUACUUUUUGUGACCUAGGUCGAAGUGUAUUAUUAUUUUAUAAUUUGUUGAUUAUGCCACACGAAACAGAAAGCAACAGAAUUGAAUGUAACUCAAACACCCCUAUACGCACUCUAUACAUGUAUGUUUAAAACGAUAUUAUAAAUUAAAAAAAAAAAUGAACAAAAAAAUACUUAAAACAGAAUUAUA